UAAUUAGAAUUUAUAGUAUUAUGAGUAAGCCCACAAGAUUCACCCUUGUGUCUGGAAUUACUAUAAAAAAGAAAGAGGAUUCGAGUAUGAGAAAGUAUCUUUAGAGCUAGAUCUGAGAAGUAACAGAAACAUAGUAGAGUUGUGGUUGGUUAAAAAGAACCCCUUUUAUUUUAUUUAUCUGCACCUGCUACAUUAUGCUCCAUUUCAGCUUCCCGAGGAGUAUAUAAAAUAGCAAGAAAGUGAGCGAUAAGUGAAAAUGAAUAACAAUAGGAUAGAAGCUAUGGAAAAGAAUGAGAAAACAGCAAGUACUAUUAGAGAUGCUGAUAAUGAGAAAGAACCUCAGAUUAACUACAGAGGAGUGAAAGCCAUGCCAUUUAUCAUAGGAAAUGAAACUUUUGAGAAACUUGGAGCUAUUGGCACACUUUCCAACCUGUUGGUUUAUCUCACUGCAGUUUUCAACCUGACGCACAUCACAGCCACCACUUUGAUUAAUGUCUUCAAUGGAACCACCAACUUUGCCACUUUGCUUGGUGCUUUCUUAUCUGAUACUUACUUUGGUCGUUACAAAACACUCGGAUUUGCAUCCAUUAUGUCUUUUCUGGGGUUGUUUGUGAUAUCAUUAACAGCAGUAUUCAAGAAGUUGCAUCCUCCUCAUUGCGAAUCCAAAGAUAUCAGCAACUGCAUAGGACCAACAGGGUGGCAAAUGGCAUUUUUGUUGAGUGGAUUUGGGCUACUGAUCAUAGGAGCAGCUGGGAUUAGGCCAUGUAACUUAGCCUUUGGAGCAGACCAAUUCAAUCCCAAUACAGAAUCUGGAAAAAGGGGUAUCAAUAGUUUCUUUAACUGGUACUUUUUCACCUUAACUUUCGCACAAAUGGUGUCUGUGACACUAGUGGUUUAUGUGCAAUCCGAUGUUAGCUGGUCCAUAGGAUUAGCUAUUCCUGCAAUAUUCAUGUUGAUUUCAUGUUUCCUCUUCUUUGGGGGAACUAAAAUUUAUGUGAAAGUGAAACCAGAAGGCAGCCCCUUGACAAGUGUAGUUCAGGUUUUGGUAGUUUCUAUCAAGAAAAGAAGGCUAAAAUUGCCAGAGCAACCGUUGAAAUCUCUUUUCAGUUACACUCCUCCCAACUCCAUCAAUUCCAAGCUUUCGUACACUCAUCAAUUCAGGUUUCUUGACAAGGCUGCAAUUGUAACACCAGAAGACCAAAUAAAAUCAGAUGGAUCAGCAGCCAAUACAUGGAACCUGUGCAGUCUGCAGCAAGUGGAAGAAGCUAAAUGUGUUGUGAGGGUAAUUCCCAUUUGGGCUGCAGCAAUUGUGUACCAUGUUGGAAUAAUUCAGCAGCAACAAUUUGUUGUCUUUCAAGCACUUCAAUCAGACAGACAUCUUGGCAAUAGCAACUUUCAAAUUCCAGCAGCAACUUACACUAUUUUCUCCAUGUUAAGCCUCACUCUCUGGCUACCCAUAUAUGACCGUAUCGUUGUCCCAUUACUCCGAAGACUCACUGGUAAAGAAGGUGGCAUAACAAUCCUUCAAAGAAUGGGAAUUGGCAUAUUCCUCAUUGUUUUAUCAUCCCUAGUAUCUGCCUUUAUCGAGGAACGAAGAAGAAAACUAGUUUUCACAAAUCCAGCAUUAGGAGUUCAUUCAGAAAGAGGUUUAGUUUCUUCUAUGUCAGCUCUAUGGUUAGUUCCUCAGUUAUCCUUAGCAGGACUUGCAGAGGCAUUUUGUGCCAUUGGACAAGUGGAAUUCUAUUAUAAGCAGUUCCCAGAAAAUAUGAGAAGCAUAGCAGGAUCUUUCUUCUUCUUGGGAAUGGCUGCUUCUAGUUACCUGAAUAGUUUCUUGAUCUCGAUAGUGCACCACACAACAGAAAAGGCUAAAACUGGUAACUGGCUGCCUGAAGACCUUAACAAGGGGAGAUUGGAUUACUUCUACUUCUUGAUUACAGCAUUGGGAAUCCUUAAUGUUUUCUAUUUCAUAAUAUGUGCCAGGUGGUACAAGUACAAGGGAAAUGAUGAAACUAGCAGCGUAGCACUUGAAAUGGAAAGGCAAAAUGUUGAGAAACAAUUCGUCUGACACGAAUUUAAGGAUCAACCCAAAUGGAUCAUCUCAUAUACAAUUCCUUAGCAGCCAUUUGCUUUGAAAGAAGUUGUGAUAGGAAAGCUAGAAGUCUAGAACAAAAUAGCAUUAAAUCCACGCCUCCAUUAAUCUCUCUCCUAUUGUUGAAAUUUAAAUGGGAAGAAGUGUAUGGAAGAGUAUUAUCAUAGUAGUAGUAGCUUUUAACCACAGUUGAA